AUGGCGGAUCACGAUAGGCUGUCGGAGAAACACCUGGAUCUGCUUUGGGCGGCGGGGAUAGGACAGCCUGACGCCCAGGUGCGAGCGGUGUUCCGGCUGUUCGAACACCUCUGUCCAAGGCUGGACGGGGGGGGGCUCGACGUUCUCUACGGCCACCUUCGAGAUAUGCCGCCCCAGUACGAGGAGAUGCACGUCCAGCUCAUACACCGCUUCGCGGAGGCCGCCAGCGGGUGGGGCGCGCGGGGGGGGUCUGCGGAUAGGGCGAACACGUCACACGAUGCCAACCCGCAGUCCAUAUUCGGGCGUGGCGGCAACGAGCUGCUGUGGGAAUCGGUGCAAGAUCAUGCACCCGUGACGGCUGAGGUGGCAGACCAAGCCUCGGAGGCGUUGGCUAUCCUCCUUUGCCACCCAUCCGGGGCGGAUGGCGGCAACUCGUACAGCAAAGUUUCGCCCGGCGGACGGUUGCAAGCGGGGAUGGGCUACCUUAGUGGCGGGAGCGGGGGCGGGGGCGGAGGUGCGGCCGCUACGGCGGCGGCGAAGGAAGGCGAGAUUCACUGGAAGCGGCUAAUGUUCUUCUUCGACAUGUGCUUAGAGAACGUGGAAGGUGGAAAGAGCGUGGCCCCGAGCCUGCGCCUCAUGCAGCGCAUCAUCGACGCGCAGCCCGAGACCUCGACGAACAAAGCCUGGGCGAACGCGGUCGUCGGGGGAGGGGCUGCUGGCGGAGGCGUUGGCGGGGGGGGGGGGAUCGGGGGCGCGAGAGGCGCGGGCGGUGCUGGGCGGAAGGACGAGAUUUUGGAGACGCUGAACAAGGAUCGCAGCCUCCUCAAGCUUCUCGUUGACGAACUCCUGAGGUACCGAGCGCACGCGCAGACAGCAGCCACCCAAGAAGUCGGAGUUGCCACCGGCCUUGGAGAUAGCCUCGGCAGCGCCGCAAGCGGUGGCAGCGGGGGCGGGGCUGCGGGCGCGGCGCGCGACCCCCUCUCCCUGAAGCUACUCGGGGCGCGCCUGCCUCACGGGGAAGCCCUGGAGAUCCGGCUGGAUUUCAUCCGAUUCGUGGUCUCGAAGUCGAAUCUCGAGCUCACCUUCGGGCUGGUAGAGUUGCUCUGGAGAGACUUCCUGCAGAAGCCUCUCUGCGCGACCGAGACGGAGAUUUUCUUCGCGUGGAUGCAGCGCACGACGCCGGUCGCCCGAGCCACGUCGUACGGUGUCCAGAGCGACCAGGACUUCUACACCAUGUCUUCCACGGUGGUGCACGAAGUGUUUCGACACCUCUUGUGCGAGGAGGGCGGGGUCGACUUCGGUUCGCUCGGGCCCAAGGGCUUCUGGUGCCUGUGGAGGUACUUGUCCGUGGUGAACAUGGAGGCCAAGGCUCUGUCCGGGUCCACGGCGAGCAAGAACCACAUCGUGGUGCAAGACUUCUUCAGCAUCCAGGGUCUCGACACCCUGUGGGAGGCUUUCGUUCGAAGCCGCCACCCGGCCGUGGUGAAGGACGCCGGCGACUUCCUGACGCAGCUGCACUUGCGCCUCAGGGUCCCCUCGGAUAGGGUUAGCGACGUGUGGUACAGCUUCGUGAAGAGGUGCAUGACCACCUUCGAGGUUGCGCUAAAGGUCUUCGACUCCCCCAGAGGCGGUGGCGAUGGCGCAGCGUACGGGGUGGUGGCGUGCGAGCGGGUGAUGCGGCUUCUGGUGAAGUUCCUGGAUGAGGUGGACAGCCCAACGGGUUCGGCCCGCUCCUACGUGUCCGUCCAGACUCGUGAUCCGGAGGAGGUUACCCUUAAGGUCGUCGUCCGCGGGGCGAAAGCCGGAAACGCCGUGCCCCAGAAGCGCGAGUUGUUCUACGACAUGCAGAGGUACCGAGUGACGGUCGGGGCUUUGAGGGGACGCGUGUCUCACGAGAUGGCGCAUCCCGCCAACCAGGUGCGGUUGGUCUUCAGCCACAGGAUGCUCUCGAAGGAUCAGGUGGCGCUGGAAGCGGAGGGCGUGACGUCGUACUGCGAGGCCGUGCUCUUAGACAAGCCGGCCGACGACACGCGGGGGUAUCGACCACUUCCUCGGGAGAAAUCGACCCCGUGGGACUCGAAGCUGGCCAAGAAGAUUCCACGCGAUAUCCUGGCAAACAACGACAACGACGGCUUCCUCCACAUUCUCUUCAGGCUGAUGGAGGUGGGCCCGCCUUCCUUGGCGGACGUGACGAGGGCGUUGGUCCAGACGUUGCCGGUCAACGAACGCAUCCACAAAGAGCUCAGGACUAUGGGUGGCAGGCUCGGCGUGCGUGUCGGCGGUGCCGACGACGGCAAGGACGACGUGGACGGUCACGACGAAGAGCAAGACGAAGAACGCCUCCGCCUGGGCGGCGAGCGCGAAACCGUCGGUGGGGACGCCUCCGGCGUGGGGGGCGUUAAAGGAGGAGGAGAGGGCGGUUCUUCUUCUGCCUCGGGCCGAGAGGUGGUGGAGGUGGACUGGGCGACGCUGCUGGACGGUUCGCGGGUGCUGGAGCUGCUCUAUCGACUCGAGGUGGUGUACACCCUGGUAGAGCCCGCGGGGGACGUCUACGCGCUGCCAGGGGACCGCAUGGAUGCCAGCGAGUGGGUACGCGUCUUUCUCCAGACGGGGGGGAUGCAGCACCUUCUUGGCUUGCUCGGGAGAGACAGAGACGGCGACAACGGCAUCGAUCCGUCUCAGUCCCUCCACAAGGCGUGUCUGGCCGCGCUGCUGAAGCUGGUCGCGCACUUCACCACCUCUCGGAAGGCCACCCCUACCCCUGCCGUCGAUGCCGCCAACGGCGGGGCCAAGAGCGCCAAGGAUGUGUUGAGGGAGCUCUACGCUGGCGUGGACCUGCCGAAGCUGGUGCAGCGUAUGCUGGUCGUCAUGCACGAGGUGUCCAGGCCGACGGCAGAGACUGGGCGAGAACGCACAGGCUUUGGCGGCCUCGAUUCCGAUGCCAGGUAUGGUCACCACAACGCGCCCUCGGCCCUUGCUGUUGCCGCCGUGGAGGAAGCGGACGGCAAACACCGACCACCACCCCAGGCAGAGGUGGUGCAGCACACCAUGUCUCUGUUGGGCACGCUUACCGAGCUUCAGCCGGAGCUGUCCUCGGUGAUGCUCUCGUCUCCCGGCCUCGGGCCUGCGUUGGAGUUCUCCCUGCUGCACACGCCGGAGAAGCUGGUGCGGAGGGAGGUCUCGACCGGAGUGCUAAGGAUGGCCAUAUCGCUACGAAAGACCUCGAAGGAGGACUCGGUGCAAGUGUUACUUCGACUGCUGCUUCCCUUCCUUCCCGAGGUGGAGCAGUACGAGAGCAGAUGCGACACCUACCUCAGCCUCGUGGGCUGGUUGAUCGGACAGUCCAACGCCAUGCCCCCGAAUGAACAGGCUGACCUCUGCCUCCACCUCGCCGAUCUCAUCUGCGCAAGGCCGGUGGUGGAGCAAUCCGAGGAGGACCAAGACCCCGUCCUGGCGGGAUACAUGACCUUCCUCAAGAAGGCCCUCAAGACCCUCCCGGACUGCCGUCGAGCGGAGGUCAAGGCGACGGCGGGGGCGGACGUCAUCCCCCCCCCGCCUCCGCCGGCGGCGGCAACGGCGGCAGCGCCGACAACUCCGUCAAGAAGAACUUCGGCGACGGCAGCAGCAGCAGCAGCAGAAGGCGAAGCCGGUGUCGGUUCGCCGUCGGCGGCGGCGACCAGGGCGGUGGCGGCGGUUACGACCGCGGCCGGACAGCUCGUCGGAGGCAUGUGGGGGGCGGGGAGAGCGACGAGGGGGGGGAGGCAGGAGGAGGGGGAAGGGACGGCGACGGGGGGCGGCGGCGGGGGGCGGGGACUGGUUCGGGAGCUGGUGGAGCGGUGUCUGUUCUCGCUCCCUCACGAGAGGGGUAGUAGCACCGUCUCGUCUUCUUCUGGGAGCGGUGUGGAGGGCGGUGGUGUUGGCAUGCUUCGCGGGGGGGGAGCAGGAGAUGUUUGUGCUGCUGUGGGGGACGAUGAUGGGUUUGAGGGAAUACCCUUACCCAAGUGCAAGAGCGAUAAGAGCCGGGAGGUGGCCUUCAUCCUCCUCAACGAGCUAGCGACGGGCUGCGCUUCCAACCUCGAUCUCGCCGUGGCUCUGGUGGGGCCUCAGCAUUUCCUCGGACGGAAUAGUGCCGAGGGUCGAAGAAGAAGAAACGGCGAGCAGCAGGACAGGUUUCGAUCGUCUGGCGGUAUCGGAGGGACAACGUCGUCGUCACAGUCCGCCGCCGAGGAUAGAGAUCGGGACAUGGACAUGGACAUGGGGGCCAAGUCUAGGGCAAGGGCGGCGUCGUUUGGUCAGCAGCCACACCACAUAGCCAAGCACAAGAGCAAGACGGGCUUCGUCGGACUCAAGAACAUGGGCUGCAUCUGCUACAUGAACAGCACCCUGCAGCAGCUCUUCAUGGUCCCGGAAUUCCGAGAAGGCGUGCUCGACUUCAGAGAUCACGACCAAACACCGCCGGACGACAGCCUCAUGUGGCAGCUGCAGAACAUGUUCAGCCACCUACAGGAUGCCACACGAUGCUCCUUACUUGUAAACCAGGAGUCGGAGAAGGCCCACUUCAACCCGGUGGGCCUGGUGCGUUCGCUGCGGGACUGGGAGGGCCAGGCUCUGGAUGUGAUGGUGCAGCAAGACGCCUCGGAGUUCAUCACACAGUUCUUCCAGCAGGUGGAGGGGCAGGUUAUGGGAUCACCUAGCGAGAACAUCCUGAAGCAGUCCUUCGGCGGAUUGUACAGCAACGAGCUGCUCGCUGAGGGGGGUCUUCUUUACAGCGAGCGCCCAGAACCCUUCUCGUACAUUUCUGUGGAGGUGAAGAACAUGAAGACCCUGGCAGAGGCUCUGGAGGUGUUCACCGCCGAGGAGGUGGUGAGCUUCAAGUGGGACAAGGAAAUCAACGCCGAGACAGGCGAGCGACAGGCGGUGACGCUCAACACGAAGAAGAGGUGCUCCAUCAAGUCCCUCCCGAACCACCUCCUCAUACACCUCAAGCGCUUCGACUUCGACUUCGACACCAUGCAACAGACCAAGAUCAACGACCGCUUGGAGUUCCCGAUAGAACUGAACAUGUACCCCUACACGAAGGAGGGGCGGGCUGCUACCACUGCCGCCGCUAGCAAGGAGGGGGGUCACGAGGAGGUUGGGACCGAGGGGGCUGAUGCCGAAGUCGAGAAGGAAGAAGAGCCAGCAAAGCCGGAAGAGUACUACCACUACCACCUCGCCGGAGUCGUGGUGCACAUGGGCACGGCCAACUCCGGGCACUACUACAGCUACAUACGUCCGAGGGACGGCGGCGGCGAGUGGCUGGAGUUCAACGAUACCGUGGUGUCCACCUUCGAUGUUGAGGACAUGGAGGCUGAAUGCUACGGGGGCGAGGAAAACUCCCAGCACAGCACUUCCUACCAGCGCUCCCAGCACGCGCAGCAGGGCCAGUACAGCAGCGUCGUCAACGGCUCUGGAUCCUCUUCCUCGUCCUCCUCCGCGUGGAGGCGAGAGAGGACGCGCAACGCCUUCAUGCUGGUCUACGACAGAGUCAUGCCGGAACAGCAGCAAGGGGAGCCGGGGGUGGGAGAGGGCAGUGGUAGCCGUCGCCGCCGCCGCCGCGGCCCUUCGCCGAGUGCGUCGCCUCGGUCCCUGUCGCCGCCACCGCCGCUGCUGUCUCCUACCGCCGCCGCCGCCGCCGCCGCCGCUGUCUCCGCUUCGCCGGGAGCAGGCGGUGACGGUGACGAUUGGAAGCGUGGGGGGAAGGGGCGGGGGGCGGUGGUGCUGGGUCCGAGGCGGCGGAAGCGGUUCCGAGCGAGGGUCCCCGCGGUGUUCAUGCGACAGAUUCACCGGGAGAACCUGGAGUUUUGGAGGAAAAAGAACGUGCUGGACAAGUCAAACUACGCUUUCUUGCAGAAGCUGGUUUUCCAGGCAACCGACGAGGACGGUGCCUCCACCGCCUCGGCCUUACGGCUAGCGUGCAGAUUCACGCUCGGGACCCUGGUGCAGGCCCAGGAGAGGGAGGUCAUGACCACCUGGGCCGGGAUGGUUCGGCAGCACCUGCCCCUCAGGCCGGAGGCGUGCCGGUGGCUGCUGAACGAGCUAGUCGGCUCCCCGUCGACCGUGAAGGAGCUCCUGCUGUCGCCGGAAGAGAGCGUCAGGUACGCCGCGACUUCGGUCGCGACAGCGGCGCUGCAGCGGUGUAUGCAGGCGGCAAGCGACGACAGCGGCGGUGAACCUGGGGGCGGGGGAGGGCCGGCCGGUGAUGGUGAUGAUGCCUACACGGCGGCGUACGCUGCAGCUAUCGAGGCGCGGGAUCGCCGGGAGUUUCCGGGGGGGCAGGGGGGCACCGCGGAAGGGUUUGUCGCUUUGGGGGGGGGGGAAGGGGUCCCUUCCGCCGAGGCAGCGGGGGACAACGACGCUUUCCUGGCGCAGAAGAUGGGACUGUUGUCGAUGUGGGGAGGGAGGCAGGAAGCGAUGGCCCCUUCGCAUCGCGUCGGCAAGGGACAGAUUGGAUCAUCUCAUCGGGAGAGCGAAAAGGCGGCGGCGGCGGCGGCGGCUGUGGUGGUGUUCGUGGACGCGUGCCUCGGUCUCCUCUCGGUUGCACCGAGUAUCAACCAUCUGGAUUGGGUGCGGAGCGAGCAACUCCUGUCCAUCCUCGCCGUUACCGCCGAAGCGGGACCUUCGGAGCGAUCCCACCUCCUACAAACGGGAGCCCUGGGUGCCCUCAUGUCCAUGUUCCUGGGUGACGACUCCCCCUACCCGGAGCUCGUGCGAUCGCCGCGCCCCAGGCCGAGGCUUGUUCCGAGCGGGGACGGGCAGGUCUCAUCCCCUGCCUCGCCGCGACGGCCUUACCGUAGUCCGUUCCCUCCUGCGGCAGAAGGGGCCGACGGUGGGGAGGGGAGGGGGUUGCGUGGUGUGGGGGGGGGCAGGGCGGGCGGGCGCAACGGUGCGAAGGAGUACUAUGACGCGACCAAGGACUUUGGCGAGGAUCGGGAUCUGUCGGCCCUUCUAAUGGCAAUAUCUCCCCUCGUACUCGCCUCCGAGCUGGCCUGGGGGGAAAGCGCCAGCAGCGACGCCGGCACGGCAGGCGGAACGGCCGCCCCCGCCGUCUGCUUCUCUCCGGUGGCGCUGCGGCCGCUCUCGAGGAUGAGCGAAGAGGAGAAGCAGAUGCUCACUUCUCCAGCAUUCUUGAUGCGUCUCAUCAUGCUUUUGAGAGAACCAAAGCAGAAGGAUCAGCUCAUUCCGCUUCUGCAACACCUCUGUUGGCGAAACCAGCUCGUUACGAAGGUGGUCAUCAUCAACAUCUGCCAACGCAUCGAGAUCCUCAGAGAUGUGGAUGCGCACCUGUCCAAGCCGGGAUUCAGGGCUCUCAUGAUAAUCUUGUCAGAGGUGCCGGACGGGCUGCAGCAGUGGCGACUUGACCUGGCCGUCUCCCGUGUCCUAGAAAUCAUGGAGGAGCACACGACCCUCACAGUGGUAACGGAACAGGCUGUGGAGAUGUUGGUGCGCCUUUGUCGCGCUUCGAUGGGUGCUCGGCGAUGGCUGGCGGAACACUGGGAUAGACUAGAUUGGAUGGAGUCGUGGUUAAACCAGGCGAUGCUCGCCAAGCAGAAACACGGCGCCAACGCGGGUUCCCGUUACUACGGGGCUAGGAUGAACGGCCCUCCGACUAGCGUGUCGGAAGACAAGUCAUACCCCGGGGUGUGGCACGAGGAAGCGUUGGCAAGCAUCCGGGCCGUGCGGCAAGGGGACGAGAUGCCGGCGUGUGGCUACGACAGCGAUGAUGACCCUCAAGUGCUCCUCGAAAAGCGCAUCAAGGUCAAAUGGCGAGGAGAAAUGUGGUAUCCUGGAACAAUCACGGAGUACAACCCUGACACCAACCAACACACGUGUGUCUAUGAUGACGGUGACAUCAAGCAGUACGUGAUGCCUACGAAGGCUUGGCGGUUUCUACAGGACGCGAUCGAUAGGAGGAGCAGUGACGUAUUGUAGCGCGCCUUGGUUGCCUAGAAGCGAGAAUGGCAGCAGGAACUCCCGGAUUGGCCACAACAGCAGUAGUUGCUCGAUCUCAGCGAAGAACGUGUGUCGCCGCCAAAAUGGGGACUACGCGAUAUCGUGCGCCACCCGGUCCUCUGGCCCUUUUUCGGUUUUUGCCUUUUCCGAGGCGAAUAAAGUGACAACAUUUUGUGGUCCGUUCAUUUGGUUCUCGUGUGGAGAAUGCUGUGGCUUUGCCCUCAUGGCUCUGUGUAGUAGUGAUCACCUCAUGCAUUUCGGGACACUGCACGACGUGUAUGUAUGAGGAUAGUGCUGGAGAUCUCUCUUUUCCUCGUUGGUGUGUUUGCUUGAAAGUGGAAUAAUUGUGGAGUCAUUUUUUCGUUGUGCAUUUGUGGAAACUCGACUUUCGGGGGGUGAAAAGUGAACAUGAGUUGCGAGCGUUGAGGUACACGUGAGUUGAAGACUCUUCAAUGUUCAACGCACCGCGACUUGCGAAUUGCGUGCCACGAAACUUUUUCUCUGUUAGGACUACAAGAAACGACGAAAAUAAAGUACACUCGAACGCAAACGGC